ACCGGCCUUUUGUGCAUCAGCUGAUGUCCAACAUAGAAGAGCGAUUUCCAGACUUGCCAUUGCUGCAGCUCUUCGAGGCUUUCAACACCACCAAGUUCCCCACUGGAGAUAUGGGCAACCAUGGCGAACAGGACAUCAAGAAACUGGCUGACCACUUCAACCUUCCCGUUGACGCAACACUGCACAACUGGAGGCAGGUUCGAGGCAGCCUACAGGGCACAGAGAAGAAGGCUGAAGAGGCAAUGGAGUGGGUGACCAUCCAUUUGCGUAAUAGCCACGACCAGCUCUACAAGCUGGCACCCGUUGGCCUGUUCCUCCCUACAUCUACAGCUGACUGCGAGAGGGGAUUCAGCACGAUGAAAAGGAUAAAGACGGAGAAUCGUGCUCGCAUGAAGUCUGCUGUCCUCAAUGCACUGAUGACGGUCAGCAUUGAAGGGCCAGACAUUGAGGCAGUAGACUUCGGAAAAAUGGUGGAUGCCUGGCACCAGGAGAAGCCUCGCAGAACAGUGUUUUGAACAUGUAAUAUGUGACUGUAUUGUUGUUGUUUUUCAAUCAUGUUUUGCUUGCUAAUGUCUACUGUUAUUCUGCUUUUUAUUUAAUAUUUAAAUACAUGACUUGAAUGAG